AUGAUAUUCCUUCGCCAUCACCUUCAUGAAGGUCUUAAGGUGGAGUACUUGACUGUUAAAGAACCACAAAUCCUUUGGAGUAAUCUUAAGGAAAGGUAUGACCACCAGAAAACAGUGAUAUUACCAAAAGCCCGUUAUGAUUGGUUACAUUUAAGAUUACAAGACUUUAAGUCUGUGAGUGAAUACAACUCAGCCAUGUUUAGAAUUACGUCACAAUUGAAAUUAUGUGGAGAGAAAAUCACGGAUGCAGAAAUGUUAGAAAAAACAUACUCUACUUUUCGUGCAAACAAUGUUGUCAUGCAGACACAAUACCGUGAAAAGGGUUUUACAAAAUAUUCAGAAUUGAUAUCUUGUCUCCUUGUGGUUGAGCAAAAUAAUGAACUAUUAAUGAAAAUUCAUGAAUCACGCCCAACUGGCUCUACUACAUUCCUUGAAGUGAAUGCGACAUCCCAUAGUGGGAAAGAGCAAAAGGCUAGAGAUCAAGCCAACAGUAGUGGUCGAGGCCAUGGUCAAUGA